GAGAAAAGAAAACCCAUUUAAGCAAAAACAAAAAACAAUAAUAAGCAUUGGCAACAUCUCGAUUCACUCAAAGAAAGGAGCUUCAUAACACCACCACCAAGCCACCAACCUUGAGAGACUCGUCGCCCGUUUUUGUUUGGGUCCUCAAGCUCGGAGGAGACGCCGUCGUUUCAAACGCCGGUGCCUCCGAUGCCAUAGGUCUCUAAACCUCAACAAUGAAGAAGACCCCACGCUUUUCCGUACCCGUUAGCGUCGUCGUUUUGGUUAUAGCUUUCAUUUACUUUUCAACGCUCUUCCUCUUCAUAGAGCAAUGGUUUGGUCUCUUCACUUCUCCAGGGAUAAUGAACGCCGUUGUUUUCACGGCUGUUGCAAUUAUGUGCGUUUUCAACUAUUCUGUAUGCCUCUACACGGAUCCGGGUCAGGUUCCAUCCACAUUCAUGCCGGACGUUGAAGAUUCAGAAAACCUUGUUCAUGAGAUCAAGCGCAAGGGAGGGGACUUGAGGUAUUGCCAAAAGUGCUGUCACUAUAAACCACCUCGCGCGCAUCAUUGCCGUGUUUGCCAAAGAUGUGUUUUACGAAUGGAUCAUCAUUGCAUUUGGAUAAAUAAUUGUGUAGGCCAUGCAAACUAUAAAGCCUUCUUCGUCUUUGUUGUGUAUGCUGUAAUUGCUUGCAUAUACUCCCUGAUUUUGCUUGUAGGUAGUCUGACAAACGAUUCUCAAAAGGACGAAGAUGGAGGUGGAAGUUCUUUUAGAACACUAUAUGUAAUUUCUGGGAUAAUGCUAAUUCCCUUAAGUGUAGCACUGAGUGUUCUCUUAGGUUGGCAUAUCUAUCUAGUUUUGCAAAACAAAACUACAAUUGAGUAUCAUGAAGGAGUAAGAGCAAUGUGGCUUGCAGAGAAAGGAGGGAAUGUCUAUUCACAUCCUUAUGAUGUUGGUGCAUUUGAAAAUUUAACAACGGUACUAGGUCCAAACAUCUUCUGCUGGAUUUGUCCUACAUCAGGACACAUAGGAACCGGCCUUCGUUUCCGUACUUCCAGCAAGUUUUCUGUUGCUGCCGAAUCACAGUCAAAAUGAAGUUUGUUAGCUCUCAAUCUUGGGGUUUUGCAUUGGGCAUGGUAGGGCUAAGGGGUCGGCGUUGCUACCAAUGUGUGAAGAUGUCUUUCCAGUCCUUUUCAAAUAUACUGUGCAUAAAGGUUAUACUUAUACUGUCAAGUAGGAGAAACGGAUCCUUUCAAACACCAGUCCAAGUAAGGAGCUUGAUGAUAAGCUUUGGUCCUUGUCAAUGGCUGAUCUGAGUCUAAUUGUAAUUGUGAUCAAACCACUUUGAUUUAACUGCAACUGUUGAUAACUUUUUUGUACAAAAGAGGGAAUCACCCUCUACCUCUCACCAACACAACACUAACAACAGUUGUAAGCGUUUAUAGUAACCUUAAAAACAAAAAGAAGUAAUUAAGAUUCUUUGUUUGCUUUGGUUAUGGGUUGUGUUAUUUUCUUUGUUCAAAAACAAUGUAAAGUCUGAAUUUUGGACUUAUUCUAUGCUCUUUCAAUGCAUUAUCAUCACAAAA